UGGAACCUUAAACCCUACAUCUUUAUUCUUAGGGGUUUCCACCAGUUUUUCCCGGCAAACAAACAGUGUUUGCGAGAGAGAAGAACAACUUUCCCUGACACUUUCUCUAUCUGUUGACGAUAUCUCUCCUCCUUUCAUCCUUUCUCUUCUUCCUGUUACCUCGCCAGGCUUGCCUCCCUUCUUCUUCUUCUUCUUCUUCUUCUUCUUCCCCUCACCUCUGAGAACACCUCAAGCUUGCUGCUUCUCCACCGUUGUUCAUCAUCGCGCCCCAAGCAGCCGCUACUCCUAAGCGGAUUGUCGACAACAGUGUGCCUCAGUCACCAACUCACCGUUCCUCCACUCAGCUAUCACGGACCUUUGAAGUGCUUAAGAGAAACGAGUUGAUCUUGUCUUGCUAAUCUAAAAGUAAAUGGCCAUGGCUGCUGCUUCUUCUCUGUUUACAUAUUCAUUUCAAGAGGGCAUGUGCUCUCAAAAAACAAAGACAUGCUCUAAGAAAUUCAUGUGCAAUUAUCAAAAUCUUACGCCUAAUCAACUGGGUUGCUCUAUGUUAAUGUAUCUCAAACAUCCAAGAUCUUUGCACAGUGAGAAGUCCUUGAUAUUGGAAGAAACUGAAAGAUUAUCAAAACAUAAUAGAACUCUCUGCCGUGCGCUAGAAAUUGAAAAUUCACCUUCUUUUACAUUGGGAAAUAAGUUUCAACUCGAUGAUGUGAUUGAAGCUCAACAAUUCGAUAGAGAUAUUCUUAAUGCUAUAUUUGAAGUUGCUCGAGAUAUGGAGAAAAUUGAAAAGAAAUCACCAGGAAGCCAAAUCCUCAAAGGCUAUCUAAUGGCUACCCUCUUUUAUGAACCCUCUACUAGAACUAGGCUUUCCUUUGAGUCUGCCAUGAAACGGUUAGGUGGGGAAGUUUUAACAACUGAAAAUGCUCGGGAGUUUUCCUCUGCAGCAAAAGGAGAAACACUUGAAGAUUCUAUAAGAACUGUUGAGAGUUACUCGGAUAUAAUUGUAAUGCGGCACUUUGAAAGUGGUGCUGCUAAAAGAGCUGCUGCCACUGCUGGCAUCCCUGUUAUCAAUGCAGGAGAUGGUCCUGGACAACAUCCAACUCAAGCUCUUUUAGAUGUCUAUACCGUUGAAAGAGAAAUAGGAAAACUGGAUGGAAUUAAAGUUGGGCUUGUUGGGGAUCUUGCUAAUGGAAGGACAGUGAGGUCACUUGCUUACUUACUUGCAAAGUAUGAAGACGUGAAGAUCUACUUUGUCUCUCCCGAUGUGGUGAAGAUGAAGGAUGAUAUAAAAGAUUAUUUGACAUCCAUGAACAUUGAAUGGGAAGAAAGUGCUGAUUUAAUGGAAGUAGCUUCCAAAUGUGAUGUUGUUUAUCAAACUCGCAUUCAGCGGGAACGAUUUGGGGAGAGAACCGAUCUUUAUGAGGAAGCUCGAGGCAAGUACAUUGUUGAUCGUCGUGUGUUGGAGGCAAUGCCAGAACAUGCUGUAGUCAUGCACCCUCUACCUAGGCUUGAUGAAAUUACUGUUGAUGUUGAUUCGGAUCCAAGAGCUGCCUAUUUCAGACAAGCAAAGAAUGGCCUCUAUAUCAGAAUGGCUCUUCUGAAACUCUUGCUAGUUGGUUGGUGAGGCAAGACAUUGCCUUUUCAUCAAGCUUUUACAUCAAUGAUGAAUUUGCUCGAGUUGUUUGAACUUGUUUUGUUAACUGUGAAUUUUUGCCUAAGUUAAUGCGAUGCUCAAUUAUUAAUAAAAGGUUUUUUUUUUUCA